UGGUUGGUUCCGGAACCCACCCACCAUUCCAGGACCACACGCCACCAUGGCGAAGCCUCACGCCGUCGCCAGCGUGACCACCCAGCGCCCCUCCUCCACCCGCUCCGCCGCCUCUGCUCGGAACAUCGCGGUGGCCCCGGCUUCCGAUCCGACUCUCCCCACCCCCACGUCCACCCCCCGCGCCGACCUCUCCUCCGUUCCCAAGGCCCCCGUCGCCUCCGCCGGCCGCAGCUCCGUGGGAUCCUCUUCCGUCACGGACCUCCCUACUCCCGCCGCCCGCGACAUCGCCUACGUCGCCAAGCAGGACGUGGCCAAGUGGCUGGCCAACGACGACGACGACUCCGCCAUCCCCACCUUCGCCUCCAGGCUGCACCCGGUGCUCGCGCCCGAGGGCCUCGCCGGCGAACCCGAGCCUGAGGACGCCUCCACCGUCGUCUCCGAGUCCGUGUCUCCAGCUGACGCGGUGACGGCCGCUUCCGCCGACUCCACCGUCACCCAGAUCGCAGCGCCCGGCGACUCCACCGCCGACUUCGAGGCUCCCCUGCUCACGGUCACGGAGAUGGAGCACGUCCUGGCCGAGCUGGGCAGCGCCCGCGGCCUGAGCCCGCGCUCCAAGCGCCUCCUCACUACGCUCGUUCAGGUCGCCGACGCCGAGCUCACGGCCAACCCCACGGCGGCCGCCGUCCGCAUGCGCCGCGCGGCCCGCUGGAGGAAGGUACGCGUCGGGAUCCUCGCGGCGGCAGUCUUCUCCGUGGCCGUGAUGGACGUCGCCCUCGCCGUCGCUCUCUUCGGCGCCGGCCGCGGGGACGGGCGCUACCACCACGUUCUGCCUCCCACCUGAUAGAGAUGCAUACGUGCAGACGAGCGAUCGAUGACCCAGCCAGUCGAUUUGCUUUGCUUCUCUAGUCUUUGCCGCAUCCUUUUUUUGCCAGUAGUAAUAGUAGCUGAUUUGUUGCUCUAGUGCUCGUGAUGUUUAAUUACCGUGGUGCUUUUACAUACACUAGAUUUAGAUGUGCGCCUUGGCGCACGACCCCGUGGAGUGCGUGUCGGUAUUAUUCUAAUAGCAGCGAUAAAAAGUAAUUACCAAUAUAAUGCUCCCUCUGUCCAUAAAUAAAUAUUUUAAAA